AUGUCAGACUCUGAGGAGGAGAGCCAGGACCAGCAACUGAAAAUCAUCCUCCUGGGGGAUGGCACCUCCAGGAAGACCUCCCUAGCUGCCUAUUUUGGUUUUGGGAAACAGUACAAACAAACUAUAGGACUGGAUUUCUUUUUGAGAAGGAUAACAUUGCCAGGAAAUUUGAAUGUUACUCUUCAAGUCUGGGAUAUAGGAGGGCAGACAAUAGGAGGCAAGAUGUUGGAUAAAUAUAUCUAUGGAGCACAGGGAAUCCUCUUGGUAUAUGAUGUUACAAGUUACCAAAUCUUUGAGAAUUUAGAAGAUUGGUGUACUGUGAUGAAGAAAGUGAGUGAGGAGUCAGAAACUCAGCCACUGGUUGCCUUGGUGGGCAACAAAAUUGAUUUGGAGCAUAUGCAAACAGUAAAACCUGAAAAACACUUACGGUUUUGCCAGGAAAAUGGUUUUAGUAGCCACUUUGUCUCAGCCAAGACAAGAGACUCUGUCUUCCUGUGUUUUCAGAAAGUUGCUGCUGAAAUCCUUAGAAUAAAAUUAAACAAACCAGAAAUAGAGCAGUUGCAGUGUAUUAGAGUGGUGAAGGCAGAUAUUGUAAACUACAACCAGGAGCCUUUGUCAAAAACUGUUAACCCUCCUAAAAGCUCUAUGUGUGUAGUUCAGUGAGUGCAUUUUUCCUUUGUGUUGAUAGUUCUGGCUGCCCUUCACCUGUGGGUGGGCCUGAGGACUUCUAGGAGCUUAUUUUAUCCGUGGACAUCUCUGUAUUCCAGUUAACACUUUCCUUCCAACUGACUUCAUCAUUAAGUUUGCUUCACAGCCUCAGGCACCUUCUUGGGUUAGAAAGAAUUCAACUGCGGGACCACACACUUUGAAUUCAAAAUGGAAAUCCUAUUCUGUGGAAUUAGAUUGCUUCACUGAAAAAGAAUGAUAUGUUUCUCUGUAUAUCCUUGCUUCUUUUUUUCCCGAUAUAAAUUUUUCAAACAAACAUGAGAACUAUCCAAGUCCUUAUCAUCAGCCAAGAUUUUGCCAUUGCAUAGUUUUAUUUUCUUAUCUGAACUCAUACAUGUCGCAGUAUACUUCAGAGUGCAAACUUUAAGCAAGUAAUAUAUUUUACCUACAGAUACUUAAGAAGGCAUUCUUUUGCUGUCAAAAGUGAAAACAUAUAAAGCUGUUUCUAACUGAAAGUGCUUGAAAUAAGGCUGUAAUAGAAAUAUUUUUUCAUUUUUUAAAAAGAGGUUUAAAUUGUUUAUUUUGUAGUUUGUAACUCACAAAAUAGUAUUUGAUAUUGUAUUUUUAUUACUGUAUCAUGGUCAUUAUGUAUUGUGUAAUACUCAGGUUGGAUGGCUUUCUGAUUUUUGGUAAAUGUUCAGCCAAUGCUCCACAUGGAGUGUCUCCUACAAACAGUGUAAGAAUCCUCCCAGGAUGAUGUAUGACAUUCUGUUGGAUCAGUGUGGAUCGGAGUGUACCUGAUGUUCAGAUGUUUCCUCUAGCAAAUAAAUUUA